UAGCCGCAUCAAGGCUCUUACAUCCUGGUCUCCUCCCACCCCACCGAGAACGCGAUAUUGUUGCUCCAAGGCAGAGGCUAGGAGUUUCAGUUGGUUUGUGUAUGAUGUGGUAGAAAGGGUAAAAAUGGUCGAAGCGAAGUAAUGGCCGUCAGAAAUAAUACUUAACCUCAAAAAGGUAAGAAACUUGCGCUAUGGGUGGCUUGCCAACGUGUUUAUGUGUAAGGUAUACAAGCCUUUCUAGCCGACCUUAAUUUGCUGAGCAAUGUGACAGUCUACUGAAAAACAAUAGGCUAAUUGUGUUGCUUUCCUAUUAUGUCAGUGUUUUUUAUUAUGCGACUGGACAUAAAUUAAACUAAAUGUAACCUAUGUAUUUUUGACGGGAAGUAGGCUAUUUGAGCCAAGAAGAUAAUCUUCAACAAUAAUAACAGACAGUAAACUAUAGGGCAGGCAAACUGUUUUCACAUCGCCGUAGUCGACGAGUUGUGAUCUCGAGCGUUGUGCUGUUGCUGUACAUUUGAUUCAAAAUAGCCGCUCUGUAAUUUGGAGUUCGCAUACGGUCAAUGGUUUGGAUGUAACGAGGUCUAGGUCUUUCUUGACCCAGAUAGAUUUUGAUCUCCUACAGUUAAGAUUCCUAAUAUCAAAUAGAUUGAUAUUGGCAUGCCACGUGGAUAUGCUACUAGAGCGCCAAAGGGACCAGAAAACCAAUUGCUACUGAAAAUUGAAUUGGAUGUUGAUGCCCAAAUUGGACCAUGGCACCACAGUCUUUGAAGAUUGUCCAACUACUCACACAUUUAAGUUUUAGAAUGGGAUAAAUGACAGCUGAGUUACAUGCUUCUCAUCCUGUCAUGAAUGUGCGCCUAAAUGCAAAUUAUAGGCAAUGUUUGGAAAUAUUUAAGGCUAAUUACGCACAGUCGCAAUGUGAAUUUGUGCCACUAAACAAAGAUUACAUCCAUAAAUCUUCACUGGAAAAGGUAUUGCACAGUAGGCCAUUCAUUCGAAUUUGUAGACUUUCGCAAGCAUAUGCAAAUAUGUGCCAUAUAUCCUACUCCCUUCCCCCUUCAUGAACAGUCAACAAUAGGGGAAUUCUAUGGGAUUAUUAUCUAAUCAAAAUUGAUUGGUUGCAUACACAUGAUUAGCAGAUGUUAAUGCGAGUGUAGCGAAAUGCUUGUGCUUCUAGUUCCGACAGUGCAGUAAUAUCCAACAAGUAAUCAGUUCAACAGUUCCCCAACAACUACCUAAUACACACAAAUCUAAAAGGGAGGAAUGAGACUAUGUACAUAUACAUAUAUGGAUGAGCGAUGGUUGAGCGGCAUAGGCAAGUGCAGUAGAUUAUAUAAAAUACAGUAUAUACCUAAUGUAAGAUAUGUAAACAUUUAUUAAAGUGGCAUUAUUUAAAGGGACUAGUGAUCCAUUUAUUAAAGUGGCCAGUGAUUGGGUCUCAAUCUAGGCAGCAGCCUCUCUGAGUUAGUGAUUGCUGUUUAGCAGUCUGAUGACCUCUACCUUUGCUGCACCUGUACUGACAUCACCAUUUGGAUGAUAGCUGUGUGAACAGGCAGUGGCUCGGGUGGUUGUUGUCCUUGAUGAUCUUUUUGGCCUUCCUGUGACAUCGGGUGCUGUAGGUGUCAUGGAAGGCAGGUAGUUUGCCCCUGUAAUGCGUUGUGCAGACCGCACCACCCUCUGGAGAGCCUUGCGGUUGAGAGCGGUGUCGUUGCCGGGAUACAGCCUGACAGGAUGCUCUCGAUUGUGCAUCUUUAUUUUUUUACCGUUAUUUAACUAGGCAAGUCAGUUAAGAACAAAUUCUUAUUUUCAAUGACGGCCUAGGAACAGUGGGUUAACUGCCUUUUUCAGGGGCAGAACAACAGAUUUUUACCUUGUCAGCUUGGGGAUUUGAUCUUGCAACCUUUCUGUUACUAGUCCAACGCUCUAACCACUAGGCUACCUGCCGCCCCAUCUGUAAAAGUUGGUCAGGGUUUUGGGUGACGAGCCAAAUUUCUUCAGCCUCCUGUUGCGCCUUCUUCACAACACUGUCUGUGUGGGUGGACCAUUUCAGUUUGUCUGUAAUGUGUACCCAGAGGAACUUAAUACUUUCCACCUUCUCCACUACUGUCCCUUUGAUGUGGAUAGGGAGGUGCUCCCUCUGCUGUUUCCUGAAGUCCAUGAUCAUCUCCUUUGUUUUGUUGACGUUGAGUGAGAGGUUGUUUUCCUGACACCACAUUCCGAGUGUCCUCACCUCUUCCCUGUAGGCUGUCUCGUCGUUGUUGUUAAUCAAGCCUACUACUGUUGUGUCGUCUGCAAACUUGAUGAUUUAGUUGAAGGUGUGCAUGGCCACGCAGUCGUGGGUGAACAGGGAAUACAGGAGGGCGCUGAGCAUGCACCUUUGUGGGGCCCCAGUGUUGAGGGUCAGUGAAUUGGAGAUGUUUCCUACCUUCACCACCUAGGGGUGGCCCAUCAGAAAGUCCAGGACCCAAUUGCACAGGGCGGGGUUGAGACCCAGGGCCUCCAGCUUGAUUAUGAACUUGGAGGGUACUAUGGUGUUGAAUGCUGAACUGUAGUCAAUAAACAGCCUUCUUACAUAGGUAUUCCUCUUGUCCAGAUGGGAUGGAGCAGUGUGAUAGUGAUUGCAUUGUCUGUGGACCUGUUGGGGCGGUAUGUAAACUGAAGUGGGUCUAGAGUGGCCGGUAAGGUGGAGGUGAUAUGAUCCUUGACUCAAAGCAAAGCACUUGAUGAUGACAGAAGUGAGUGCUACGGGGCGGUAGUCAUUUAGUUCAGUAAUCUUUGCCUUCUUGGGUACAGGAACAAUGGUGGACAUCUUAAAGCAUGUGGGGACAGCGGACUGGGAUAGGGAGCGAUUGAAUAUGUCCAUAAACACACCAGCCAGCUGGUCUGCGCAUGCUCUGAGGACGCGGCUAGGGAUGCCGUCUGGGACAGCAGCCUUGCGAGGUUAACAUGGUUAAAUGUUUUACUCACGUCGGCCACGGAGAAGGACGGGGGGGGGGCAGUCCUUGUUAGCGAGCCACGACGGUGGCACUGUAUUAUCCUCAAAGCGGGCAAAGAAGCUGUUUAGUUUCUCUGAAAGUGUGACAUCGGUGUCCGUGACGUGGCUGGUUUUCUUUUUGUAGUCCGUGAUUUCCUGCUACAUACGCCUCAUGUCUGAGCCGUUGAAUUUCGACUACACUUUGUCCCUGUACCGGCAUUUCGCUUGUUUGAUUGCCUUGCGGAGGGAAUAACUACACUGUUUAUAUUCAGCCAUAUUCCCAGACCUCUUUCCAUGGUUAAAAGCGGUGGUUUGCGCUUUUCAGUUUUGUGUGAAUGCUGCCAUCCAUCCACGGUUUUAAUAGUUACAGUGGGUACAACUUCUCCAAUGCACUUCCUUAUAAACUCACUCACCAUGUCAGCGUAUAGAUUGAUGUUGUUCUCUUGAGGCUGACCAAAACAUAUCCCAGUUUGCGCGAUCAAAACAAUCUUGAAGUGUGGAUUCCUAUUGGUCAGACCAGCGUUGAAUGGUUCUAGUCACUGGUACAUCCUGUUUGAGUUUCUGUUUAUAAGAUUUGCCGAAGGGAGGGUGGGGGAGGCCUUUGUAUGCAUCGUGGAAGUUAGAGUAGCAGUGAUCGAGUGUCUUACCCCCACGUGUAGUGCAAUCAAUAUGCUGAUAGAAUUUAGGUAGCCUUGUUCUCAAAUUUGCUUUGUUAAAAUCCCCAGCUACAAUAAAUGCAGCCUCAGGAUAUAUGGUUUCCAGUUUACAUUGUCCAGUGAGUCCAGUGAAGUUCCUUGAGGGCCGUCUUGGUAUCUGCUUGAGGGGUAAUGUACACAGCUGUGACGAUAACUGACGAGAUUUCUCUUGGGAGGAAAUAUGGCCGGCAUUUGAUUGUAAGGAAUUCUAGGUCGGGUGAGCAGAAAGACUUGAGUUCCUAUAUGUUGUUAUGAUUACACCAUGAGUCAUUAGUCAUUAAGCAUACACCUCCGCCCUUCCUCUUCCCAGAGAGGUGUUUAUUUCUGUCGGUGCGAUGCAUGGAGAAUCCCGCAGGCUGAACCGAUUCCGACGACAUAUCCCGAGAGAGCCAUGUUUCUGUGAAACAGAGAAUGUUACAAUCUCUGAUGUCUCUCUGGAAGGCAACCGUUGCUCGAGUUUCGUCUACCUUGAUAUCAAGAGACUGGACAUUGGCGAGUAGUAUACUCGGAAGUCGGAAGAGGUGGGCGAUGUGCAUGUCUACGGAGCCUGACAAGGCCGCUCCGUCUGCUCCUUCUGCGGUGCUGUUUUGGGUCGGCUUCUGGGAUUAGAUCCAUUGGGUGGUGGUCCAAACAGAGGAUCCGCUUUGGGAAAGUCUUAUUCCUGGUCGCAAUGAUGGUAAGUUGAUGUCGCUCUUAUAUCCAAUUGUUCUUCCCGGCUGUAGGUAGUAAGACUUAAGAUUUCCUGGGGUAACAAUGUAAAAAAUAAUACAUUAAAAAAACAAAAUACUGCAUAGUUUAAGGACUCGAAGCGAGGCGACCAUCUCUGUCGGCGCCAUCCUGUAAUGAUAACAGCAUUACGUGAGUUUGUAUUUUAGAUUUGUGGUUGCAAUUACGAUUUGCAAAUGUGUAAUUUUUAUUUCGCAAGCUUGAUGUGUGAAUAAAUGUAACAACUAUCGCAAACUUGUGACUUGACAUUUGAACACGUUUUAUAAAAUUGGCAAGGAUGAUUUAUUUUCAGAAUUAUAAAAAUUCCAUUUAUGACAUUGAAUAUUCUGCUGUGAAUCAAAAACACACUUGCAAAUUUUGAAUCUACGCAUUCUCAGAUUUCUGUCGAUGCGAUCACAAACCCAGAGAUUCGUACAUUUAUAGACAGUGUUUCGCAAGGACAAAAUUGGGGGCAGGACCUUCAACACCUGACCAAUCAGUUCCCUCUGUCAAAACCAAUAUCAUUGGCUGUCUUGUUCCAUCAACCAAACCGCAUGCAACAACAAGAGCUGACCAGGAAGACCUGAUGGAGGAAGAUGGCAGGCGCGCGACCAUAGGUGAGGUCUGGAAAGUUUGCUUUCACAGUUUGUAUGAAGUGAUGUUAUCACCUUCGUAUACGGUCGUGUGUGUAACCUUAGCACUAUAUAAUGUUCAUCCCUAUAGUUAGAUACAUCCCCAAAGUUCAUCCAUUGGCUAGUCAGCUCCCGUUAGCUAACUAGCUAGUUAUUUGUCAAUAACAAGUUAGAUUAUCUUUAGCCAGAUCCUACCCCACUACAGUGGUAAUUUACAUCAGCUAAAUUGUGGAUUUAGCUAGUUAGCUAUAUGUUUUCAAAAUGUCACGUAUGAAUAAAAGAUGGCUAAUUGGUGAGUCAUCCCUAGAUGAUACCAGAUCUAGCUAAUCUUCAUGUUUGUAUGCAGUAACUUUUACAGGAGAAUUAUGCAAACAUAGUGUUGCCCACAGUCUUCUAUCUAUCUCUCAUUCUAGAGCAUAGAACCCUGAGUUAAAUGUCAUUGUUCAUCAUUUUUAUUACAUUACAUGUGUUCACGUUGUCUCUUUUACCUAUGAUCACAGCGUUGUUUGAAACACAGCAUAUCUAAUAGUAAAAGUUCUGGUCUAAUUAACGAAUCACCAAUAAUUCCAAAUAGCUGAGAGAUUUUUUACAAACUUACAGCAAUUUUUUUUUUUUUAAACCAACCCCUUCCCCUUUCAGGACUGCUCUCCAAUAUGUGGAAAAUAAUUCUGACGAGAUUUCAUACAACAUGAAUGUUUCUGUGGCGGAAGGUACAGCUCUUAAUGACACUGAUAUAUUGAUCAUCUGAUCGGUUUCUAUUUCAAUUAGGCUUUUUGUUACGUACACAGCAUGGCUGAUCUGAGGUGAAAUAGUUUGAAAGCAAAGGACAAUGUAUCUCAUAAAUAUGGAAAACUAGGAAUUUCAUGACAUGCUUUGUUUAAAUACAUAUUAUUUGUAUGUUCGAAAGAUUGUCCACAGAGGUGUCAACAUCCUUGAAGGGGGUGCUGUGGAAGGGGGUGCCAAGGAGGGGAGUGCCUCUGAAGAGUGUGUAGCUGGGCCAUCACACAAAGCACCAGAGCCUGGGGAUGCUGCCGUCGGAGACAGGGUCAAUCAAGACUUCAUAAGUUUCGCUGUGCAUACGUUGCAAACAGGCUUCCACGUGAACUAUGGUGAGAAGGAGAGACAUGGUGAGAUGGAAUAUACUAGUGAGUGUCAUCCACCCUGGCAAACUACUAGGGCAUUGCCUCAGCAUCUGAGAAGAGUAUGAGCCGGAGGAAUCCCAACAAGGUGGCAGGGGACUGUGACAGCUUCCAGAUGGAGAGCAAGGCCCCGGAGCAGGCACCCAACAUGGAGCAGAAGAAUGGCGAGAUCAUGGACUCUGAGGAGGUGGAGAAUGGCAAAUUUGAACCCAUAAACCCUCUGGCUAUGGAUGGGGCCGUCACUGCACCUGAUGGGGGUUGGGGCUGGGUGGUGCUGGUGGCCACCAUCCUGGUGCUAGCCUUGACUCUGGCCUUCCCCUCCUGCAUGGGCAUCUUCUACACGGACCUACAAACAGAGUUCCAGGCCAGCAACCAAGAGACCUCCUGGGUGCCUUCUAUAAUGACAUCAGUGCUUCAUGCUGGAGGUCCAUUCUGCAGUGUAUUGGUGGAGAGGUUUGGUUGCCGGGCGACGGUGAUGCUGGGCGGGGUCCUGAGUGGGCUUGGAAUGGUGGCCAGCUCGUUCACCCACACCAUCACUGAGCUCUACGUCACAGCUGGGAUUAUCACAGGACUUGGAUUCUGCUUCAGCUUCCAGCCUGCGGUGACUAUCCUCGGGCACUAUUUUGUACGGCGGCGGGCUUUUGCCAACGCCAUGUCAUCCACGGGCACGGCUCUGGGCCUGUGCACUCUGCCCCUCCUAGGCAACUACCUCCACACUGAGCUGGGAUGGCGUGGGAGUUUCCUGGUGCUGGGGGCUGUCUUGCUCAACUGCUGCGUAUGCGGAGCUGUGAUGAGGCCCCUGGGGGGCCCCAGACACCGUGGCCAGCCCCUGAUAAACCACAGGUCUCUUCAGCUGAAGGAGGAGAAGCUAAAGGGGAGAAUGAGGGCCUUGUGGGCUGGUCUGAUGACUGCCCUGCGUCGUCACAUGGCCUUUGACCUCUUACGUAACAACCUGCGCUACCGUAUGUACGUUGUGGGCAUCACCUGGAUGAUGCUAGGCUUCGUGGUGCCGCUGAUCUACUUGGUUCCCUACGCCACGGCCCACGACAUGGAGCAGAGCCAGGCCGCCCUCCUCCUCUCCAUCCUGGGUAUCGUUAACAUCGUGGUGCGGCCUCCCAUCGGCCUGCUCUUCAGCCUGCCCUGGUUCAAGGGGUGGCACACCUAUGUGUUCUCUGCUGCUCUGCUGUUGAAUGGGCUGAGUAAUAGUAUCUGCUGCAUCGAUGCCAGCUUCCCCGUGCUGCUGGCGUACGUGGUGACCUACGGCCUGUCCAUGAGCGUGGUGGGCUCGCUGAUGUUCACCGUCCUCAUGGAUACGUUGGACAUGAGUCGCUUCCCCGCUGCCCUGGGCCUGCUCGCCAUCAUGGAGAGUGUCACGCUGCUGAUCGGGCCCCCGCUCGCAGGAAUCCUGGUGGACAGAACGGGGGAGUAUUUUUACGUCUUCUUCGCCUGCAGUGCCACUGUUGCCUCAUCGGCUGUAUUCCUCAUGGUGUCUUUCUACUGGCUGGACAGAAGGGACAGGAGGGCGCUAAAGGAGCAGCAGGUGCCACCUCAGGCCCCCUUACCAAAGCCGGCCAGUGGUAACAAUUUGAUCCCCCAGUGCCAGUACCGCAGUGUGCCCACAGAGGGGGACAAAGACAAGGCCUCAGACUCCGAGACAGGGGACGUCACCCGCCUGUGAACAUCGUCACUGUCCAAACACACAAACCAAACUCAGAUGUGUACUUCCCGCGAUUCUGUAUAUCGAUUGUGUAUCCUGUGCUGCUGAUAUUAAAGUAGAAGUGUAUGAUAAUUUAUUUCCCAAUCUGUUAGGAUCUGACAUUCCAUUUAAUUGUAGUGUACACACUCUUGACUGUUAGAGUAUUGAUUGCAAAGGGGUUGAAUAUUUCAUCCAAUGGGUGAAUAUUACAUAUAGGAGUGGAUUAUUCGUUGCUAUUACAGUCUGCACUGUUUAUGCAGACUAGAAAAUACUGUUACUGGUGAUUGAAUGCAGUACUUUUUCACACAUGCCAUAAACCUUAAACCUGUGCCUUUUCCCUCACACCCUGUUACACGUUCAAGAAGACAUGCCACCUUAAGAAUCACUCACCACCCUUCAAAAAGCAAUGACUGUGCAAAAGACACGGCCUUUGUACAGACAAUCAAUCAAAAUAAGCAAAAUAAACAUAUUCCAUUUCCUGUACAUACUACACCAGAAGAAACCUCAACUGAAUGAUAAGUACUGUACCAGUUUAUUUCAAUAUCAAAGACUGAUAUCAUUGAGCAUAUCAAUGUCAAACUCUUAAUCUCAAGAAAUUGUACAUUUUUUGGCCCUAAACACAUUUGUUUAUGAUUAUUUUCAUGUCUUGAUAUGUUCAUUGUGAAACAGAGUUAGACAACAAUCAGUAGCCUACUGAUAUGACUGAGAGUGGCUUGUGUAAAAGCACAGGAUGAGUCACUAGGACAUGGGUGCUUUUCAUUGUCAAAGACGGAAGCAAGUACUGUAGCUGUUAGAGAUUUAUGUUACUUCUCCACCUAUGAGUAUUUAAAGUAUGGACUGUAAUUCAUCACGAUAUUACUCUAAGGAACAUACAGUCACAUAUGUGGCAACAUACUUUAGGCCAGGGUUUACCAAGCUCAUUACUGUUUUUUUCCCCAAGCAGCUGAUUCAAAUAAUCAAACCUUGAUGACGAGUUGGUUAUUUGAAUCAGCUGUGUAGUGCUGGGGGAAAAAACAAAACGUGGACCCAGAGGGGGCCCCAGGACUGAGUUUGGGAAACCCUGCUUUAAGCUAUGGCUCCCUUGCAAUAGGAAUAUGUAUUUUUAUAUAAAGGGCUAUUGUUGCUUGCACUGGGGCCAAAUAAUGAAAUGUUUUUUUCAUGUGAUUCAAUACAUUAUUUAUAUAAAAUAAUUAUGGAAAUUAUAAUAAAUGUAAUCCUAAAAAAAC